UGCGCGGGGGUAGCGUGAUCCGCGCAUGGAGACCAUGGCGAUACCCAGGACGUUCUGACGGGCUAUCGGAAAAAUAGCCCUGGAAAACGGGUCAACGCCCCAUAUAGACAACACUAUACUUGGACACUGUGAGAAAUAAAGAUGGGGUCCCGUAUCAAGGACAACCCAGAGACCACAUUUGAGGUGUACCUGGAGGUGACCCACCCUGGAACCGCGGGCUCUGAUCCGGAGGUGCGGAGGCGAUUCCCUGAGGACUACAUCGACCAGGAAACUCUUCAGACAGUCCCUAAGUUCUGCUUCCCCUUCAUUGUGGACAGUCUGUCGGUGAGCCAGGUGGGACAGAACUUCACAUUCGUGCUGACGGACAUCGAGAGCAAGCAGCGCUUUGGCUUCUGCCGCCUCUCCUCCGGGGCCCACAGCUGUUACUGCAUCAUCAGCUACCUGCCUUGGUUUGAAGUGUUCUACAAGCUGCUCAAUAUCCUUGCUGACUACACAAUCAAAGGCCAGGAGAGUCUUUGGAGAGAACUCCUGGAGUCACUCCACACACUCCCCAUUCCUGAUCCUGGAGUGCCUGUCCAUCUUAGCGUGCAUUCCUUCUUUACCGUGCCUAACACAAGGGAACUACCCAGCAUACCUGAAAAUAGAAACCUAACAGAGUAUUUUGUAGCCGUAGAUGUCAAUAACAUGCUCCAUCUGUACGCUAGUAUGCUUUAUGAGCGUCGAAUCCUGAUCUGCUGUAGCAAACUAAGCACUUUAACGGCUUGUGUUCACGGAUCGGCAGCCAUGAUGUACCCCAUGUACUGGCAACACGUUUACAUUCCUGUCCUGCCUCAGCACCUUAUAGAUUACUGCUGUGCGCCCAUGCCCUACCUCAUUGGUGUACAUUCCAGCCUUAUGGAGAAAGUUAGGGGGAUGACCCUGGAUGAUGUUGUGGUCCUCAACGUAGACACCAACACACUAGAAACACCCUUCGACGAUCUCCAGAGCCUGCCCAGCGAUGUGGUGUCUUCCUUAAAGAACCGCCUGAAGAAGGUUUCUACGACGACAGGAGAUGGAGUUGCCCGGGCCUUCCUCAGGACACAGGCCGCCCUCUUCGGCAGCUACAGGAACGCCCUGCAGAUCGAACCGGGAGAGCCAAUCACGUUUAGCGAGGACGUGUUUGUGACCCACCGAUCCAGUGCCAUGAGACAAUUCCUGCAGAAUGCCAUCCAACUGCAGCUUUUCAAACAGUUCAUUGAUGGCCGCCUGGACCUGCUGAAUGCCGGUGAGGGCUUCAGUGAUGUUUUCGAGGAUGAGAUCAACAUGGGAGAGUAUGCAGGCAGCGACAAGAACUAUCACCAGUGGCUGUUCACCGUUAAGAAAGGGGGAGGGGCCAUCUUCAACACCGUGAGGACGAAGGCCAACCCGGCCAUGAAAACGGUCUAUAAGUUUGCUAAAGAUCAUGCCAGGAUGGGGAUAAAGGAAGUCAAGAGUCGGCUUAAACAAAAGGAGCUAGCAGAGAAUGGGUACUCCUCAGGUGCAGGCACCGGUGGCACGGGACAGGGCGCCGGGGAGGAGAGCAACACAGCCAGGUCGCCCCCCUCCGCCGAUGGGAAGGACGGUGGCCGUACCUGGGACGAACGACGGCCCAUCACCGUGCACUUUGGACAGCCCCUCCGAGAGCCACCACCACGACCCCCACUUCCCAGGCUGCAACGCGGCAACUCGCGGCUCGCCCGUCCACCCCGGCCACUGGUGGCCAAGAGACCCCGCAGCAACGUAGGCCUGGACAGCAGCCCUGACCAUUGUACCCGCCCUGCCCGUCACUACACAGUCUUUCUGUCUGAGGACUCAUCCGGCGACGAGCUACAGCAUGACGACGACUCCAUCGCCGGCUUCCCCGAGAACUUUCUCUUCUCUGCCCCCUUCGAAUGGUCACCCCUGCCACAGCCUUACCGCUCCUUGAAGGAGGCAGAGUUUGUGGAGGAGGCGGAGGAUCCUGUCGGUGGCCCCUCCUACACGGCUCCACCCAGUCCAGUGAUGGAGAAGUUUGCUGACAUCAACCUGUUGGGGGAGAUGUUUAGCUGUUUGGACGAGCCUGAUGGACAGCAGCUCGGCCUGGCCAAGAGCUUGGAGGACCUCCGGACACCCAAAGACCCCCAGGAGCAACAGAAAUUCACCUACCAGCGGAUGGACCUGAGUGGCAGUGAACGCACCCGCACCCUGCCGGGCCUGAAGCACGCCCACCCCUACAACAAGAUGUGGAGCGUGCACGGGCAGGACGACAUGUCUUCGGCUGACCGGCCGUCUUCCAACUGGGACCGGCCCCUGUCUGUGCCCCCCCCUGAGCUCGAGGAGCCACAGCCUCCCAGUCGGGAGUGUUUCGGCCCUGGGUUCCCCGAGCGGACGGAUCCCUCCAGCGCCCCCGGCCAGGGGGGCUGCAUCACCAUUCCCCGCCCUCAGGGGAGGAGGACACCGGAGCCCGGUAAGGUCUUGGGUGUCCCACCGGUGCCCCAGCCUCGGACCAAGCCGGGGGACGGUGGGGGCACCACGGCGGGGGGGCAGGAAUUCAGGCAGGCCCUGGGGAUGGGGGGGGACCUGAUUCUGCAGCCCACUAAGAGGGAGGUGAACGACGGGGAGGAUGUGGAUCUGCUCAGCCUUCUGGACCCCCUGAACAACCCCACUCAGACCACCGCCACGAACCCCGCCCUGGCAGGGGAGGGGCCUGAGUCCCAGCCCGCUGCCGCCCCGCCAGGCCCCCGACCGCUACUACCACCGCGGCCCUACCCCCAGAGCCUGCCCCCCUUCCGCCAACACACGACCCUCAACCCCUUCACGCCGCCGCUCGGCUACCCCGCCCACAGACACUACUCGCCCACCGUGGCAGGAAAUCCGUUCGGCGGGGGUGUCUACGGGCCUCCGGCGGCUGCCUAUUUCCACCCCUCCCCCCAGGGUCUUCCCACUCACCCUUUUUCCACGAUGCCGGGGCUCUACAGACUGUCCUCCCCCAUCGGGUCCGCCCUCCCCACGGGGAUGGGCUCCAUGCGACUCCCCCUCCCCGGUCAUGGCGGUCCUCCCCUCACCUCCUCAGGCAGCCACCAUGCUAUCUCCAGCCUGCUGGACUCUCCGUCUGCCCCCACCCUUAGCCCUGCCCCCAGGGUACUGCCAAAGCCCCCCAGCGCUGCAGAGGACUCGAUUGACUCUCAGGACCCCUUUGGGGAUCUGCUGGCCAUGGCUAAGCCAGCUGUUGCACCGCCUAAAAAGAAGGUGGAGGAACUUCGUGGGAAGUGGGAGACUUUCGACUAAGACCCCCUAUCCCCCCCGCCCACUCCCCUGACUUUCUACUUAGGGGCUUUGUGUUAUUCACCUCUUUCCCUGCACCAGCUUAUGCUGCUGACCAAUGAGGAACAAAGUCUGUCAGGCGACCAAUGAAGAGGCUGGGUUCCGUGCUGUUCCCUCCCCAGUCACAUGGACAAGUCAGUUUCUCUCUGUGCUCUAUGUGGGAGUUUAAACCUCCUUAUUUCACUUUCUCUAUAACUUUCUCUUUGUCUCUCUACCACUGUCUUUUUUCUGUCUCUCUCUCUCUCUCUGUAUCUCUCUCUCCCUCUUGUCCUGUAGCCAGGAACGGGACUCUUAACCUGGGCUUUCUUCAUUCUGACAGGUCAGUCGUGUACAGCCCAAGCUAGCGCUCUCUUGCACAUUAUCCCUUGUUGUUAGCUGUGUUAAAUGCCUUCACUUAGUCAUUAGCUUAGCUAAAACUGGAAGGCAUAUGGCCUCAGAAACGCCUAUUGAAUCUAACCUGUUACCAGUAACUAAAAGGCUAUCAUGUCUCAGAAACUGUUAACCGUCUCAGUCGCUACAAUGGUAACGCUAAUCGUUAGAGUAGCUACUUAUCUGCGUUUGUGGAAUUCCAAGCUUAGCAGCUUUAUAGUCCAAUCUGUUGUGCAUCGCUAGCAGUCAGUCCAUCUACCCUAGAUGUCAUGCUAAGCAAUUUGUUUUAGGAAACACUCAAAAUAUACAUAUUUUUGUUUGUCUGGACCUCUGUAUAAACCAGUGGACUGUACUCAUUGACUGAAUCAAAUCCGCCAGAACAUACCAUGGUUGGUUCUGGACCUUAAGAUGGACAUUUCUGAUUUCGUCACGCCAGUAACUGUGAUCUUUAAGUGGAAAGAUUUGCUAGUUGGUGAAACUUCAAGAACCUAUGAUUGUAACCUAUGUAGUAGGGAGUAAAUAUAGAGACCACCCAGUGUUGGGCCAGUUAUGUGUGAGAUUUAAACUCAUCCAGUGUAUUUCCUUUUGCCCCUUUUUUGAUUUUGGCCUUUUUCUUGUGUUACCAUGUUUUCUGUGUUACAGUGAUCACCUACUACUGAAUCUCUGGCUGCCUGCUCAGUGUGCUGCUACUGUAAUGUGCAAGAGUUUAAAAUGGGUACUGAUAAAAUGGGUACAGUUGUCGGCGGGCAUUACAAAUCGAUUGCCCGAGCACUUCUGUUUCGAUCAAAUAGACUUAAAUCAGGAACCUCGCCACGAGCUAAGACGACACUGGCUUGUGACACUGUCGAGCAUUUCUCCGGAGAGCUGCUUCAGGUAGAACCCACCGCCUGGCCAAUCGGACGAUCUGUCAGGCUGGGCUAACAGUUGGGAGUACUCCAACAUACCAACACUAACAACACAACACUAGGCUUGCUGUGUGGUGGAAUAUCAGUGAGGCUGCAGAGCAAAUCACGUCUAACGAUGUCUGUGGAAAAACUGUUGGCCUCUGCUUUGUGUUUAGAGGGGAGAUGUAUCAUGUGCGACUGAUUAAAGAUUCAUUCAAAAAGUGUUGUCUUUCGAAACACCCCACAUGCAAAUCUGACUGACAUUUUUAGCAGUUUCAUCCCAUCCGUUCCCAGCAGCUUGUUAGAAAAAAUAUGUUCUAUUGAAUUUCUGGGGUACUUUACAAACCAGGAUCAAUGUGUUAGCUGACAUUUCAAGACUUUCUCAGUCCAUGCUGAAAUGGUUUGUACUUUUAUACUGGUUGAAAGGCAAAACAUUUCAUCUUUAAGGCACUGAUUAAUAUGUACUGCAGUAUCUAUACAUAAAAUGUACCAUUCAAUUUUUUUGUCAAUAAGCUUUGAAAAGUUAAUCUAAGACUUUUCUGUUAAGCACAGUGUUAUUGGCAUAUUGAUUAGCUAGACAUACAUUACCCAAAUGUCAAUAAUGAAUGUAAAAGUAAGAUUAAUUGUAUUUAUGUUUAAAGUAACCUUGAUUCUAGCAGAGCCUAGAGUCAAUAGUACAGUACAGCACUAACCCCAUUAUCACUCAGUUAUAAUGAAAAUAAUAACACAUGAGAUUUCAGUGUUUCUUAAAAGCUUGAACUCUGUUAAAAACAGUAACUUCAGAUGUUUCCUCCCUGUAUGGUUUUUGUGUAUGGACGGCUGUGGUUACUUUCAAUAAAACAAGAUCCUCUUUAAGAAUGCGUUAAAUUAAAUAUCCCUCACAGUCCAAGACUGUGGCACAGUGAUAAUUGAAUCACUGAACAUUCAGUCUGCCUUACGGUCUCCAUGGUGUUUUCAAUCUACAGCUACAUUGAAAGAGUCAUGGGUGGGCAUAUUAGCUGCUUACUUUGACCGCCUCUCAACUUCCCCUCCCUUCUCAAUUAAAAAAAAAAUCAGCUUUCAUAGUAUUGAUAACUUUUUUUUAUUUAUUUGGUUGUUUUGUUUUAUUGUCUGUCAAGUUCUCCCAUUUAGGUAUCUCUCAAUUAAAAAGAGCAGUCACACGA